AUGGAAGCUCACGAUAAAGUCAUCGCAUCCAUAUCAUCCCGCGUCAAGCACUUCCAUCAGCUGCAAAAGCCCUUCCGCAUCUAUCAUGGCGCCACAAACAGCACGCGUCGAUCUCAUCGCCGCUCAGACAACACAAUCGACACCAGCCAGCUCAACCAUGUGCUCUCCGUUGAUGCCACCGCCAAGACGGCCAUUGUAGAGCCCAAUGUGCCAAUGGAUCUUCUCGUGAGCGAGACGCUGCGUCAUGGCCUAGUCGCGCCAGUCGUGAUGGAACUCCCGGGAAUCACAGUUGGGGGUGGCUUCUCGGGAACUUCAGGAGAGAGUAGCUCAUUCCGUUACGGCGCGUUUGACGCGAACAUCAACUGGAUCGAGAUUGUGCUGCCGGACGGCGAAGUGGUGCGAGCGUCCAAGACGGAGCGUCAGGAUUUGUUCUGGGGCGCAGCCUCGGCGUUUGGGACGCUGGGAGUUGUAACGCUGUUGGAGGUACAGUUGAAGGAGGCGAAGAAGUAUGUGAAGCUCGAGUAUUCGCUGGCAUCAGGCGCGGCGGACUGGCUAGAGAAGGUCAAGGGAGCGUGUUCGGUGGAAGAGAAUGACUAUGUGGAUGCUAUUGUGUUUUCUAUGGACACGACAGUUGUCUGCACGGGGAGACUAGCGGAUGAGCUGCCACAGGGGAUAAAGCCAGUCGGAUUUCUGGGCCGAAGCGAUCCAUGGUUCUAUACCCGUGCCAAAGAUGUUGUCAAGGAGCUCAAAAAGACGACGGCAAAGGGAGGGGAGGAGAAACAAACGACAGUGGCGGAUUAUAUCCCCCUCGAGGACUAUCUCUUCCGAUACGACCGCGGUGGAUUCUGGACUGCCGUGUAUGCCUACCAGUACUUUAUCACGCCCUUCAACAGGAUCACCAGAUACAUUCUGGAUCCCUUUAUGCACGCUCGCGAAAUGUACCGCGCCGUCCACAAGAGCGGUCUCGCCGAUUACUACAUGGUCCAAGACGUCGGCGUUCCGUAUGACAAGGUUGUUGAGUUCCAAGCCUGGCUGGACAAGGAGCUGCACAUCUACCCUCUCUGGAUCUGCCCAUUGCGCAUCCGUCGUGAUGAUCCGGAUUCAGGCCACGGCCUGCACUCGGAAUUUGCAAACCCUGAUGUCCCUGACCUAAUGAACUUCGGUGUCUGGGGCGGCGUCAAGGGUACUCGUCGAGAAGUCAUCGAAAAGAAUCGCGCGCUGGAACGUAAAGUGCAGGAGUUGAAUGGAAAGAAGUGGCUGUAUGCUCACGCAUAUUAUACAGAGGAGGAGUUUUGGGCGCAUUACGACAGGACAUCGUAUGACGCUCUGAGAAAAAAGUACAAGGCCGAGUAUCUGCCGAGUGUAUACGACAAGGUAAAGGUCGAUGUGGAUGGUGAAGAGAGGGCGAGGAAUGCGACGUGGAAGACAAGGUGCAAGGCCGGGUUUUGGGAUCUUUGGCCGUUGGCGGGAUUGAGAGGGUUCUAUAGUGCGGUGAAGGGAGGUGACUAUUUACUUCAAAAGAGUAAAGCGAAGAAGAACGAGGAGGCCGUGAGAACUGAGACGGAGACGGCGGCGAAGAGGGAGUGA